CCGUCCCGAUUUAUCCAGUCGUCGUCAGCGCCCUUCUCCGGUUAAGGCUUUCGACCUCCCGCCUUCGAUAAUAAAUCGAUACAGUCAGUCCGUCGACGACUAUCAACCUUCAAGAUGUCUCUCAAGGACGAGUUUGCGACGAGGAACUUCAGUAUUUACGGACAAUGGCUUGGAAUCUUGUCUAUGAUCCUAUGCUUCGCGCUGGGUCUCUCGAACCUGUUCUAUCUUUUCUUCCACCCUCUCAUCAUCAUCUUUGCCAUCUUCGCUCUUGUCUUCUUCCUCAUCAUCCUCUUCAUUGAAGUACCCCUCCUACUCCGAAUCUGCCCUACCUCGGCCUCGUUCGAUGCUGCGAUCCGCAAGGUUUCGACUAACUACAUGCGUGCCGCUACUUACGGCGUCAUGGCCGUUAUCCAGUGGGUUAGCAUUGCCGUCGCUGCAACGUCCUUGAUCGCCGCCGCUGUCGUCCUAACUUUCACGGCCCUUUGCUAUGCCCUUGCUGGUGUCAAGGGCCAGGCCUUCGUCGGAAGUAAGACACUAGGUGGUGCAGGUGUUGCACAAAUGAUCGUAUGAUCGGGUAAUAAUGUGGACGAGUCAACAA